GACAACUAAAAAUAAAAAAUAAAAAUGGCGGUAUGUUGUUUGUUUUCGUCUAACAAUUUCGGGUGAAAGCCCGAUACGAGUAGGUGUUUCGUCUCUCUGUUAAUUGCUUUUGGGAAAGAGUUGCAGAGCAGAGGAUAGAAGAAAGAACAUUAGAAAGAAAUUAAGAAACUCAAACAAAAUGGCUAAGAAAGAGAGCUCAAAGUUGAAUAUCGCUAUAAUUCAUCCCGAUCUUGGUAUAGGAUUAAGAGUUUCAAAUGUUGAAGUAAUGGAAGUUGGUACUUGUAUUCGAGGAGAUGGUAGCUGAACUGUUUUUCGCAUUCUCUUACAGGUGGAGCUGAGAGAUUAAUUGUUGAUGCGGCUGUUGAACUUGCAUCCCAUGGGCAUAAAGUUCAUAUUUUUACCUCACAUCAUGACAAAAAGCGAUGUUUUGAGGAGACUAUCUGGUACUUUUCCAGUUACUGUAUAUGGUGCUUUCCUACCUCGACAUAUUUUCUACCGUCUUCAUGCUUUGUGUGCAUAUCUGUGGUGCCUUUAUGUUGCCCUCUGUGUGCUGGUGAUGUGGUCAUCAUUCGAUGUAAUACUAGCAGAUCAAGUUUCUGUUGUCAUUCCACUAGUGAAACUUAAAAAGUCAGCAAAGGUUUUGUUCUAUUGUCAUUUUCCUGAUCUAUUACUAGCUCAACACACAACAUUUCUGAGGAGGAUAUACAGGAAACCUAUAGAUUUCAUUGAAGAAAUGACAACUGGAAUGGCAGAUUUGAUUCUUGUCAAUAGCAAAUUUACAGCCUCUACUUUUGCAAGUACAUUCAAGCAUCUAGAUGCACAAGGAAUUCGACCGGCUGUUCUUUACCCUGCAGUCAAUGUGGAUCAGUUCGAUGAACCUAGUUCUUCUAAGUUGAAGUUUUUGUCUAUCAACCGUUUUGAAAGGAAAAAGAAUAUAAACUUGGCAAUUUCAGCGUUUUCUAUGCUAUAUACCCUUGAAGGAGAUGUUCUCCAGGGUCUUAAUCUGGCUGAAGCUUCACUGACUAUUGCAGGUGGUUUCGAUAAACGACUAAGGGAGAAUGUUGAGUAUUUGGAGGAGCUCAAAAGUUUAGCAGAGAGGGAAGGAAUAUCCGAACGGGUCAAUUUCAUCACUUCUUGUUCAACAUCUGAAAGAAAUGCUAUUCUCUCUCAAUGCCUAUGUGUUCUCUACACACCAAAGGAUGAACACUUUGGCAUUGUUCCUCUGGAAGCAAUGGCAGCUCAGAAACCUGUUGUUGCAUGCAUCAGCGGUGGCCCAGUAGAAACAAUUAAGAAUGGUGUAACAGGAUAUCUUUGUGACCCUACUCCACGAGAGUUCUCUUCUGCUAUGGCUAAAUUCUUUCAAGACCCAAAAUUGGCCGAGAGAAUGGGUAUAGAAGCUCGGCGGCAUGUCACGGAGUCCUUCUCUACAAAGAUAUUUGGUCAGCGUUUGAAUCAAUACAUUGCUGAUGUUGCUCGGAGCAAGAGAGACUGAUAAUGACACUGUUUUCUUAGACCUUAUUCGAGAUAUUUUAAAACAGAUGUUAGGCUGUUUUUCUUUGCGCACAGAUUUUUUUUUUUUUUUUUUUAAUUUUCCACCCCUUUUUGGCUAUUUUAUCUGAGGAAAUUAUCGAAGCGAACAAGGAUUCGGUGGCUUUGAUACUAAUGAUGCUCUCUACCAACUUUGUGAGCAUUGAUGCAGAGAUUCUUAUUAGGUCCAUUUUCUGAUUUUUCUUCUACCAAUGUAGUGUAAUAAAACUUCUAAUUUUGCAAAAAAACCCCAUUCCUAAA